AGCGGGCAUCAAAAAGCCUUUACGUCAAGCCAGACAGGAAGGAGAGAGAGAGAGAGAGAGCGCAUCUGAUGGCACCGUAGACGGGUCCCCGCGUCCCGCCGACACAAGUACGUGAUUCGUCGUGGACGAGUGCGAGUCGACGGCUGCGAUGCACACCCGCUCCUCGCUCCCCUGUUUCACACGGAUUUCUGUGUCUGUGUGCGCCGAGGCAGGGCUGAUCUUAUGGCGGACACCAGCCCGCCUUCUACCGUCGUCCAUCUGAUCCACUGUGAGAGGGAAUAACUCGACGAGGUGAGAUGAAACGCCAACAGCGACCAUCGCUGCUCGCCUUGUCGGCACUCCUGCUCUGCACACUGAACCAGACAGCUGGCUCCAGCGGAUCUCAUGGCAGCAGCUCGGCAUCCUCAUCAACAACAUCAUCAUCAUCAUCAUCAUCAUCGACAGCAUCCCCAUCUGAGGUGAGAGGCAGGAAUCAUUUGGGCACGCUCAGACAGACUGGUGGCAGUUCUAACAAUGGCAAUCACAGCCACGAAAGUAGGCCAUCACCAAAGCUCAAGGAGGUAACAGGCCGAGCCAAUAGUUUCUCUUCUGACACCAGCAGAGGCAAUGUUUCUACUGUGAUAUCUGAGAGGUCUGGCAGGGCACCAAGCUGGAGGCUGGAUGAAGGGGUGUCACCGCUGUGUGCCUACCGGGUGUUCGAGGGAGGCAUUGGUGGGCAGCUGUGCUUUCGAUACACGCUGCCCGGGUACACAUGUGGUAAAGGAGACUGCAGGGCAGUGGUGUCUCUGGGGAGCCUGCUGGCAAAUAUUCUCAUCAACGGCAGCGUACUGUUACAGUGGACCCACGAGGGGCCACGGUCCAUGAUGACCAAGAAGCCAAAGGAGAUUGCAGCCGGUCAGAACAGCAGCGGGGAAAGUCUAACGAGAGAGGAAAAUCCGAGAUCAGACACUGUUACGGGGGGCAGGCGACGCCACAGACGGGGGGGCUUCGAGUUGAGCUGCUGGUGGAACGGAAGCUACACUCAGUUCGAGUGCCCCGGUGUCCAUCUUGGGUCCGGCUGCAGGGACUUUCUGCUGACCGAGCUGCAUGAGAGCAUCCCCUACCGCAUCUGCCUGCGCUCCCUGGCCCACUCUGACCCCGCUCAGAGGGCAGACCACCAGGACUGUGUGGAGUUCACCCUGCCGCCGUCUGGGAUGCAGGACAUUGUGAUUGCCAUGACAACGGUGGGGGGAGCUAUUUGCGUGAUGCUGGUCAUCAUCUGCUUGCUGGUGGCAUACAUCACAGAGAACAUCAUGAGCCCCACGUCACAGCACACAUACUCCUACCGCACUCAUUCGCGUCACUGAUGCUGCACUGUCCCCCAAGAGUCCAAGAUGCACUGCGACAUGAAGAAGACGUCCCCGACAUCUGCUGUCCAUGAUGACCAUGUCUAAUUUCACAAUCACAGUCACUCAUCGUCAACAAUAACGACUUCUCAGUCAGACGUGUAAUAUGAUACACACAUCCUGUUUUGACUGGUCCGAAGUACAGUCUACUGUGGCUCUGCAAACAACAUGCCUUGUCAACCUCUGCGAGGAUGCACUGAACCAAAAGUACUGAUGACCUACAUUUACUAAUACAGUAGUUUACUGUGUUUCUGUUUUAGUUCCAGGCUGUCUUUGAUUGAGUCUGCCAGCCUGUAUGCUGGCAGCAUUUAUACAGCAAUACACUUAACAAAAUGGCUUUGAAUACAUCAGAAACAGUUUUUUUCUUUUGCUAAAUGUACAGCCUGUGAAAGUGUCCAGGGUUGUCCUGCUUUUGCAAGGGUCACAGGAAAAUAAAACUUAAUGAUCCCCCCCCCCCACACACACUUUACUGAAUAAUUCCACACAUCUUGUUUUGCUUUGAAGUCUGCAUAUGUGUUUGUACCACUUUGUGAGGGGCAAUCCAAUGUGGUGUACAAUCUCCAAAUACUGUGCCAAACAACUUGAGUUAGAAAUCCCUUAUGUCCUGCUGUGAGUGAAUAAAGUACCAUGAGGUCAUUUUUAAUACUUUACAGCUGUG